AUGGAUGAUGACACUGAGCUGAGGACUGACGGAAACUCCCUGCUGAAGGCUGUGUGGCUGGGGCGGCUUCGGCUGACCAGGCUGCUGCUCGAAGGUGGUGCUUACAUCAAUGAGAGCAAUGACAAAGGAGAAACUGCACUGAUGGUGGCAUGCAUCACAAGGCACGUGGACCAGCAGAGCAUCAGCAAGCCCAAGAUGGUGAAGUACCUGCUGGACAACAGGGCAGACCCCAACAUCCAGGAUAAGUCAGGCAAGACAGCGCUCAUCCACGCCUGCAUCCAGAGAGCUGGGGGAGAAGUGGUCUCCCUGCUACUGGAGAACGGCGCGGACCCCAGCCUGGAGGACCGCACUGGAGCCUCAGCUCUGGUCUACGCAAUUAAUGCAGAUGACAAGGACGCACUGCGACAUCUCCUGGAAGCCUGCAAGGCCAAAGGGAAGGAAGUGAUCAUCAUAACAACAGAUAAGUCCUCUUCAGGCACCAAAACCACCAAGCAGUAUCUCAAUGCCCCUCCCUCACCCAGAGUGGAUGAGAGGCAGUCCCCUCCCAUGGGUGCCUCCCCCUCCAACCUAGAGCUGAAGGCUUCCUCCAGCGAGAAGGGAGAUGACUUCUUUAGCCUCCAAACAGGACAUCCAAGUGGAGGUAAUGCUGCAAAGGCUCUUGCCGAGUCUGGAUCACCCAUCAGGAAAGUUGGAACCCUCAGGAGGGCCCGUUUGCCUCAACUGAAGAGGCUGCAGUCAGAGCCCUGGGGCCUCGUUGCACCCUCGGUGCUAGCCGCCUCCAUGCAUCAGGACAAAACACAGGGUGCCAGCACAGAUGGCGAGAUCAUGAGGAACCUAGGUGAUGUGUCCUUUCCAAAGAGGGGGCCCUUGUCCAGAACCAACAGUACCGAUGGCAAAGACCUCUUCCCCACUGUCACGGAGCAGAUUCUGAAGGCUGCAGUGCCCCCAGCACCAACCACCUGGAAAGGCCCCCCUCUCCACCAGCGCUUGGCCCGGAGAGGAACCCUCCCUGCUGAGCAAGAGAGGAAUAGUGUGAAUGCAUCAGGACCCUCCUCUCUCAAAGAGCCAGCAUCCCUCAAACAGCUGGAAAAUGACCUCUAUGACCUAGAUUUAGAGCCAGGGCGCGACCCAAGCGACUCCACUCCCCUUGAGUCAGGCAAAGUCCCCUCAGAUAGAAAGAAGCUCAAUGGCUCCCUUGUGUCCCUCCUCCAGGGGUCCCGGGAGUCUCUGGAGGCUGUGCCUAUUACCUCCCCCAGCUCAGGGCGCCGCCCACCUCACCUUCUAGAAAGACGAGGUUCUGGGACUCUGCUCCUAGAUCGCAUUGCUCAUGCCAGGCCAGGAUUCCUUCCACCUUUAAAUGUUAAUCUGAACUCCCUCACCCCAGACAUUAGAUCUAGUAGCAAACCUUCUUCCCCACUGGCAAGUGGCUUAAAAUCUAUGGUUCCUGUUGCUCCAAGCUCACCAAAGAGGGUUGAUUUGAGAAGCACAAAGAAGCUCCUCCGAAGGCAUUCCAUGCAAAUCGAGCAGAUGCAGCAACUGUCUGGCUUUGAAGUAAUCAUGACCUAG